CUUUCAUGUGUUUCUUUGCAGAAAUAAAACAUCUUACAAAAUAACGCUAAAAAUGUCACCGUUUCUUUUCCAGUUUUUUGAGCAUGAUGAAUGCGUUUAAUUCGGUUAAAUAUUUAUGGAAUUUUACCGCAUUAGGUUUAUCGGCGAGUUAUCAGUGACUGAAGCGCGCUAGGCAAGCCUCACGCCACGAUCUGCUUCCCGUAGACGAGCCUUCCUUCUCAUACGAGGCCACUUAGAUUAAAUAAUUUUUCAAUGGACAAGAGACCGUUUUAGAAAUAUCAAAUUGCACAAAUUCCGUUUUUUCAGAAAAUACGAUAUUUGAUAACUUCUUUUAUGAUGCGCAGUGGGACCAACUCUAUACUAACGUUUUUCCGGAGUUACGAAAAUCACCUAAUUUUCUGCUUCUAGCAAAAUGCAAAUUUAAUGUGGAGGCGAUAAGAGGCAAAACCGGUCUACGCUCUAAUCAAUCGUCCGUUAACUCACCGGAUGCAGUUUUUGUCGGUGAUCAACGCUAACCAGACCUUAAAAAUCCUUUUCAGCGCCCCUGGAAACAUUAAACAUGUAAAAUUUUCUUAUCAAAAAGCCAGGAGUUGGUUUUCUAACGGUCAGAUUUUCGAGAAACCCUAUUAUCAACUUUUCUCAUGAAACGGUCAUAUGCACUUCAUUGGAUAGAAAAAUCUUCGGGCUAUCCAAAACAGUAUUCAGACUGGUUCCAACCUUUACUAAAAGAUAAAAGACAAAGGCGUUCUUGUGAUUACGACACGCUGUAAUGCAUAUAUAACACCCGAACGCUUCUUUUCAUAUCUUUACGGACUGGUUCCACCUGUAUGGAUAUUAUAACCAGUUCACCUUGUACUAGUAGUCAAAAAUAAAUCUCUAUUGCACUUUUUUAUAUAUUGUAGAUCAACGUCCAUGGUCAGAAUGGAAACGCACUGAUGCAUCUUGCUUACAACAUACUGGGCAUGACGGACAAGUUACAUUGGAACAGUACGGCCACAUCCUAUUUGUCUCCUAUGAAUUUGCUGGUGGUUACAUUAUGAAGAACACCAUACAUGGGCCUGAACAACAUCAUAAAUUAAUAGUUGGCUCGACUUCUAUUGCGAUUCCUGAACCGCAUGAUUCAGAACAACGUAAAGCAUAUUAUCAUGCAAAAAGUCCAACAAAUUAUGCAAUAAAAGUACAAAUAGCUUGUGAUUUUCGUCAUCGAGUAGUACACCCUGGAAGUAAGCAUGAUAUUACAGUCCUUCGUGAAUCAGGACUGUUAGAACAUGUUGAAGAAGCUGUAAAAAUUAUUGGUGACAAGGGAUAUAUCGGCGAAGAAUAUGUAGUCACUCCAAGAAAGAAACCUUGUGGACGUGAGUUAACAGAAGAAGACAAAAAUUUCAAUCGUGAUAUUAAUAGUGCAAGAGCAGCGAUUGAAAAUAUCAAUCAACGUCUUAAAACUUAUGCAAUUAUUGGUGGUGUUUAUAGAGGAGCUAUUGAUGAUUUUCAUAAAAUAACUAAAAUCGUACAAAUCGUUUCUGCUUUAUGUAAUUUGAACUUAAAUAAACAUCCUAUUCGUUUGAUAAACAAAAUCAUAAGUUGUAUCUUCUCAUUAACUAUUUGA